GUUGGGGCGGGGUUUUACCUGUCCACACCUGCAGGGUCUCCAGGAAGAGCAAACUGCAGCCUCUCGGAUUAACACGGGACUAAAGCAGGCAUGACCCGGGGCUAAACUAGGACUACGACUGAACUAAACCGAGACUAAACAAGGACUAAACCAGGACUAACCCGGGACUAAAGCUGGACUAAACUAGGACUACAAGAGGACCCUGACCCUUUUCUAGUCCUGGUUCUUACCCGCGCUCUAGGACUAACCAACCGUACGCGCACGGGGACGCGCAUGGACGAUCUCUGAAGUUUAAAGUUUAAGUGAAGCAGGAAGUUUUGGCCAAGAUGGGCAGUAAGUACCACUGGCAGACGGCGAACGUGAAGGUGAGUGGCGUGGACGACAUGGUUCUACUGUCAAAGAUCAGCGAAGAUGCCAUCACCGAAAAUCUACGCAAAAGAUACAAUGAUGACUACAUCUUUACCUACAUUGGCCCAGUUCUGAUCUCCGUGAACCCGUUCAAACAGCUGCCGUACUUCACCGACCGAGAAGUGGAGCUAUACCAGGGAGCGGCUCAGUACGAGAACCCUCCUCACAUCUAUGCUCUGGCCGACAACAUGUUUAGGAACAUGAUGAUCGACGCCGAGAACCAGUGUGUCAUCAUCAGUGGGGAAAGUGGAGCUGGAAAAACUGUUGCUGCAAAGUUCAUCAUGAGUUACAUCUCCAAAGUGUCCGGAGGAGGAGCCAAAGUCCAGCAUGUCAAAGACAUCAUCCUUCAGUCCAAUCCCUUGCUGGAGGCUUUUGGAAAUGCCAAAACCGUUCGCAACAACAACUCCAGCCGGUUUGGUAAAUACUUUGAGAUCCAGUUCAGUCGAGGAGGAGCUCCAGACGGAGGAAAGAUCUCCAACUUUCUCCUGGAGAAAAGUCGAGUGGUUUCACAGAACGCCGGAGAGAGGAACUUCCACAUAUACUACCAGAUUCUGGAAGGGGCGAGCUCGGAGCAGAGGGAGAAUCUGGGUGUGACCACUCCGGAUUAUUACUUCUACCUCAACCAAUCAGGCACCUACACUGUGGAUGAUGUCAGUGACAAGAAGGACUUUGCAGAAACCAUGGAGGCCAUGUCAGUCGUGGGUCUGUCUGGAGAGGAGCAGGACUCGGUUCUUCAGAUUGUGGCUUCGAUUCUUCACCUCGGAAACAUCAGUUUCAGGGAAGAAAACAACUACGCCUCUGUGGAGAGUGAGGACUUCCUGGCCUUCCCGUCGUUCCUCCUGGGGGUCCAACAAGAGGCGCUGUGCAGUAAACUGACCAGUCGUGUGAUGGACAGUAAAUGGGGCGGGCGCUCCGAGUCCAUCGCCGUGACGCUCAACACUGAGCAGGCGGCUUUCACGCGCGACGCGCUCAGCAAGGCUCUGUAUGGGAGACUGUUUGACUACCUGGUGGAGAGCGUAAACAAAGCCAUGCGGAAGGACCACGAGGAUCUGAACAUCGGAGUCCUGGACAUCUACGGCUUUGAGAUCUUCCAGAAAAACGGCUUUGAACAGUUUUGCAUUAACUUUGUGAACGAGAAACUGCAACAGAUCUUCAUCGAGCUCACGCUGAAGGCCGAGCAGGAGGAGUAUGUUCAGGAGGGGAUCCAGUGGACGCCCAUUGACUACUUCAACAACAAAGUGGUGUGUGACCUCAUUGAGUCCAAGAGUCCUCCUGGAGUCAUGUGUGUUCUGGAUGAUGUGUGUGCGACAAUGCACGCCAAAGGAGAAGGAGCCGACCUCACUCUGCUGCAAAAGCUCCAGGGACAGGUGGGGUCACAUGAGCACUUCAGCAGCUGGAACCAGGGCUUCGUCAUCCACCACUAUGCUGGCAAGGUGUCGUAUGAUGUCAGUGGGUUCUGUGAGAGGAACCGAGAUGUUCUGUUUAACGACAUCAUCGAGCUGAUGCAGAGCAGCGAGUUUCCAUUCAUCAGAGCUCUGUUUCCUGAAAACCUGGAUGCCGAGAAAAGAGGACGUCCCACCACCGUCGGCUCCAAGAUCAAGAAACAGGCCAACACUCUGGUGCAGACCUUGAUGCGCUGCACGCCACACUACGUUCGCUGCAUCAAACCCAACGAGACCAAACGUCCUGGAGACUGGGAGGAGAAGAGAGUGCGCCACCAGGUGGAGUAUCUGGGACUGCGUGAAAACAUCCGGGUGCGACGGGCCGGCUUCUCCUACAGGAGGGUCUUCAACAAGUUCCUACAGAGGUAUGCGAUCCUCACUCCUCAGUCCUGGCCUGUGUGGAGGGGGGAGCAGCAUGAGGGGGUUUUGCACCUCCUCAGGUCUGUGAACAUGGACCAGGACCAGUACCAGCUGGGCACCUGCAAGGUCUUCAUCAGAGCACCAGAGUCGCUGUUCCUGUUGGAGGAAAUGAGGGAGAGAAAGUACAAUGGUUAUGCUCGAGUCAUUCAGAAAGCCUGGAGGAAACAUGUGGCAGUACAAAAGUACGUCAAGAUGAGGCAGGAAGCCUCAGACAUCCUACUGCAUAAAAAGGAGCGUCGCAGGAACAGUCUGAACCGGAACUUUGUGGGAGACUACAUCGGUCUAGACCUGCACCCAGAGAUCCGAGCGCUCAUUGGGAAGAGAGAGAGAGUCGAGUUCGCCGAUGUGGUGCUCAAGUACGACCGGAGGUUCAGAAGCGUGAAGCGAGACCUCAUACUGACCCCUAAAUACCUGUACCUGAUUGGUCGAGAGAAAGUGAAGCAGGGGCCGGACAAAGGACAGAUCCAGGAAGUCCUCAAGAGGAAGAUAGAAAUCCAGAAGAUCCAGUCUGUCUCCCUCAGCUGUCUCCAGGACGACAUGUUCGUGGUCCAUGAGGAGGAGUACGACAGCGUCCUUCAGAGCGUCUUCAAAACGGAGCUCCUGAGUCUCAUGGUCAAACGUUACAACGAGAAGACCAACAAGAAGCUCCCCCUGAAGUUCAACAACCUUCUGGAGUUUAAGGUGAAAAAAGGAGGCUGGGGGCCAUUCACUUCAGGCGGGUCUAGACAGAUCCAGUUUUCUUUGGGUCAAGGAGACGAGGCUGUUCUUAAACCCAGCGGGAAGAUUCUACACGUGUCUAUCGGCCCGGGAUUAUCCAAGGACUCAAGACCGACUCGGAAAGACAACAGGAAGAGCCGCUACAUAAGCCACGCCCACAACCCCACCCCCAAACAGCAGCACAACACAGGUACAGGUGACAAGUGUAUCUCUAGGGGGCGCUCUCUGCGUCAGUCAUCAAUGGAGCAGCCCUCGCUGCCUCGUCUCCACGGCAACCGUCAGAGUAUUCUGUCACCACAGCAACCGCAGGACAUGGCCUUCAUGGAGGUCCCUGAGACUGGAGCUGCUGGGCUGCAGAGGAGGAAGUCUAAGGAUGUGAAGCCAGACCCGGGUCGGGGGCGACCCAAGCCCUCCCCUAAGCCCCGCCCCCGCACACCACAGUGCCGCGCUGUGUGGGCGUACGACGCUCAGGACACCGAUGAGCUCAGCUUCAACACUGACGACAUCAUUGAGAUCCUGACCGAGGACACCAGCGGGUGGUGGUUCGGGCGUCUCCGCGGCAGAGAGGGAAUGUUCCCUGGAAACUACGUGGAGAAGAUUUAACCUCAGCACAAGUCAAAGAACACAUUUUAUAUUCUAGAGUUUUAUAAUUAGCCAAUCUGCUCAAAGAACCAUGAUCAUGUGAAUUAUCUUUUAUAAAUGUUCCUAUUAAAACAAUGUGUAAGUUUUCUAUUCACAUAUUUGUAUAAACUAUUGAUACUUUGCAGUGACAUCACGCUUGGGGUGCGGUUCUACAUGUAUGUCUAUGGAGAAAUAUUCAGCAGUUAUCAUGGGCAGACAAUACACACAUUAGCAAACACUGCCAAAAAUGUUAUUGAGAACACAUAUGCUAAAUCAACAUUUUUAGCUCUUGGAUACCUUUUCCUGGGUCUACAGGGUCUGUAUUAACUCAUAAAAGCUCAAUUUGAUCUAUUCAGUAACUGUAGAGAUAUCUUUAUAUCUUUUUAGACACCUUUCAAUUCCGACUCAUAUACCGUUUUCAUUUUCUGCGAUUCGUUAAGUUUGUUCGAUCUGUUGCGUCACAGAUUUUCAGAGAAAAUCUCCAUAAAAGGCCAAACAAGUUCAAUAACUUCCAUCUAAUUGCUCCCCGUGUCUGCUUCUUGUUUUUGAUUUGUAGUCCAAACUCAUCAUGAAAAAAAUGCGCAUUUAUAAAGUGAAGGGUAUAUCAACUAAUAAAGCUUCUUUUGCAUUACACAUAUAUAUCAAAACACUGAUUUCUUAUAUUAGUUUGAAUAAAGCUUCUUAGGUGCAUUACACGUAUACAUCAAAACACUGAAUUCAUAUAUUUGUUUGAAUAAAGCUUCUUAGGUGCAUUACACGUAUACAUCAAACACUGAAUUCAUAUAUUUGUUUGAAUACUGUUUAAUGAAGUUACGUAUUGGCUUGAAUACUGUUUUAAUUUUUUAACACUGAAAUCAUUUAUUCAUUAUAACAGUGCCCUUUAAAGGCAGCAUUGUAUGUUCUGAAUAAUGGGAGGCAGUUGGGUGCUUUGCCGAAACUCCUUUACAGAGAUAAGACAGCAGGAGGAGACUCGAGGCUGAAAAGCAGACUGGUGCAGUCAAGGAUGUCCACGAGAGGUGAAAGAGGUCAACCUACUCAGCAUAGUAUGCAUAUUCAUGUUGUAUUUUACCUUUGGGUCAAGGGAGAGGCAAUCAGAGCGCCUGACUUGAGUCCUGCAUACCUAGGCUGUUAGGGACAACGGUCUGACCCCAGAGCUCUGUAUUAGAUUGUAUUUGUCAGGGGAAUAAACGUUUGUGAUUUAAA